AUGGCUGCUGUCCAGGGAGCUAUGUCGAAGCGCCGAAAGUUCGUGGCGGACGGUGUCUUCUACGCCGAGUUGAACGAGUUCUUCCAGCGCGAGCUUGCUGAGGAGGGUUACUCGGGUGUCGAAGUCCGUGUUACUCCUACCGUUACCGACAUCAUCGUCCGUGCCACCCACACCCAGGAGGUUCUGGGCGAGCAGGGCCGCCGCAUCCGCGAGCUCACCUCCCUCAUUCAGAAGCGUUUCCGCUUCCCCGAGAACUCGGUCUCCCUGUACGCCGCCAAGGUCCAGAACCGUGGUCUCUCCGCCGUCGCUCAGUGCGAGUCCCUCCGUUACAAGCUGCUUAACGGUCUGGCCGUCCGCCGUGCCUGCUAUGGUGUCCUCCGUUUCAUCAUGGAGAGCGGUGCUAAGGGUUGCGAGGUUGUUGUUUCGGGCAAGCUCCGUGCUGCUCGCGCCAAGUCCAUGAAGUUCACUGACGGCUUCAUGAUCCACUCUGGCCACCCCGCCAAGGAAUUCAUCGACUCGGCCACCCGCCACGUCCUCCUCCGCCAGGGUGUCCUCGGUAUCAAGGUCAAGAUCAUGCGCGGUUCCGACCCCGAAGGCAAGGCCGGUCCCCAGAAGACCCUCCCCGACUCCGUCACCAUCAUCGAGCCCAAGGAGGAGCAGCCCAUCCUGCAGCCCAUGAGCCAGGACUACGGCGCCAAGGCCGUCGCCGCCCAGCAGCUCGCCGAGCAGCAGCGUGCUGCUGAGCAGCAGGCUGUUGAGGCUCAGGAGGGUGCCCCUGCUGCUGCUGGUACUGAGACUUUUGCGCAGGAGUAA